AUGAGACUUCGCCAUCUCCUCCUCCUCCCAUUCCUCACUCUCGCGGUGGGGGCCUAUGCCCUCCCGUCCCCCGUGUCCGAGGUCGUCGUGGCCCGCGACGACCUCGCACCGCGUCUCGACACCGCCGCGGCGCUUGAGGCGCGUGGCUUCGACGCAGCCGACUCCCUCGCCAAGCGGGGCGUCGGCGUGCUCGGCGGCGGCGCCUUUGCGGGCUCCGGCGCCGACUCGGCGCGCAUCACGGCCCUCCAGCAGCUCCUCGGCGCCAAGGGCCACCCCGUCGGCGUCGACGGCGUAUGGGGCCCCGAGACCAGCAGCGCCGUGUCCGCCUUCCAGUCCGGUGCUGGGCUGGACGCGGACGGCAUCCCUGGCCCUGCGACCCUCGGCGCGCUCGUGGACCAGGUUUCCCAGGGCGACAAGGGCGGCGUUGUCUCCGCUGCGCAGAGCGCGCUCAACGGCCACGGCGCUGGCAUCACUGUCGACGGCGACUUUGGACCUGCGACUCACACCGCGACGGUCAACUUCCAGUCCGGCGCUGGACUCGGCGUGGACGGCAUCAUCGGCGUGAACACUUGGACUGCGCUCUUCAACGGCGGUGGCGGUGGUGGUGGUGGUGGUGGUGGAGGAGGUGCUCCAGUCAGCGUUCCCAUCUCUCCUGGCAGCGGCACAACCGAGUUGUUCUCAUCGCAGAAGGACAAGCUCGUCAAUAUGGCGCGCCACGCUUCUGCCGCAUACUGCGGCCCAAGGUACGUCGCUGAAACCACCUGCGGCAACAUCGUCGUCGGCAUUGCCGGCUCAGCGUGGGGCGACGAGAACAAGAUCGGCACCUGGCAGAACAUUGGAGGCUUCCUGCAGAAGUCGCCUCUGCCCGGCCACUUCCCCGGAUCUUCGGGCCUCAAGCUCUUCAGCGGCUUCUACGACGCCUUCGCCAACAUGAUCGGCGGCAUCAGCACGGCCGUGAGCAAGGGUGUGGCGGAGGGUAAGACGAUCACCGUCGUCGGGCACUCGCAGGGCGGCGCCAUCGGGACCAUGGUCGCCGUCAGCCUCCAGAAGCGCUUCCCCACCAACGUGGUGUACGGCGCCUUCUUCGGCUCGCCCCGCGUCGGCAACAAGGCGUUCUCCGACUACGUCGGCGACGUGCUCGGGUACCGCGCCCCGCACGUCAUCAACGGCCCCGACAUCGUCGCCGCCUCCCCGCCGCGCACGUUCUUCAACCUCUUCGAGUACACACACCCCAAGAACGAGGUGUGGAUCAACACGAACGGCAAGUGGCUCCAGUGCGGUGGUGUGGAGAACAACAAGUGCGCCACGUCCGGUCUCCAGUUGAGCUUCCCUGCGCACAUAGGCCCCUAUGGCGGUGUGGAUCUCGGCGCCUGUUGA